AUGGAUCCCGCUGGACCUCAGACCCCGGCCAGUCUUACACAAGCCUCACCAGGCCCUUCCGAUAACAGGUCUCGGGAAGGGCAUCACAAAGCCUGCGAUGUGUGUAAACGGCGCAAAGUCCGGUGUUCCGGUACUAACCCUUGUCAACAAUGCUGCCGCAGCAAGACGGUAUGCAGCUACUCUUCCAAUCACGGCAAGAUAGCUGCCCUGGAAAGGUGGGUGAGGCAUGGUCUGCUACGCCGGCUCACCGGAGUAUUCCGAUUCCUUGGGUUUAUGGGCGCUUUUGUGCGACUGCGGCAAUCAGAAAGGCGUGUGAAGAGUCUUGAAACUGCUUGGAGUCAAUUUCUCCCCCAGGUUGACCUUUCUCAUGCGAUCGAAGCCUCAUCGAACGAUGAUAAUCGUCACACAACAUCGGAGUUAUCGGCAUCAGAGUUAUCGACAAUACCUGCCGGCAAUGGUGCUACCGGAAUUGGUACCGACUAUACCUCAAGGAACAUGCCCAGCGAUGUUCGCGAUGACCGAUCCCACUCGCCACCCGACCUUGAGUUCGACACUAUUGAGGCUCUAGAAUGGGAUGAGACUGUAGAACAGAACGUUCUUACUGAUGGAAUUGGUUCUUUAUCUCUUCAAACCAAAGCCUCCGGAUACAUGGGCCCACAGUCAGGGAACGCUCUACUACGCCAUCUCCAUUCUGUUGUUCACUUCUUGUCGGAGGGCGAAUCUGACGUUGAUUUCUCCUCUUUCCCCGUUGACUCCGAGACUUCCCAAGAAACUCAAGCUCUCAUACAUUCCAACGGAUUCAGAAAUGAGUGUCUAGACUGGUACUUUCAACACUUCCAUAAAGCCUACCCGCUGCUACAUGAAGGGGUUUUUCGAGCUCAGUUUAUGGGUGCUAUACCGAAACCCAAAGAUGGGUCGUGGCCGGUCCUCUAUAACAUGGUCCUUGCCGUUGGGGCUUUCGCAGGUCCUCAAAGCUCCAACAGGGCUGACCGCCAUUUCUUUCACCACGCCCAGUCGGCGUUGUCCAUGGACCUGCUACAGCGCGGAUCGAUACACCUUGUUCAGGCCUUUCUACUGAUGGCGAACUAUCUACAAAAGCGGAACAAGCCCAACAGCGGCUUCACAUUUCUAGGAGUUGCGAUGAACAUGGCUUUGGGCCUCGGACUCCAUCGCGAGUUCUCAGACGUAUCGAUUACACCCUUCACAAUGGAAAUACGACGCCGAGUAUGGUGGACCCUAUUCAUUUUCGAUUCCGGGGCCCGCUUGACCUUCGGAAGAUCCUCUAUCCUGCUAGCUGGAGGAAAUGUCAAAUUGCCAGUGAAUCUGGACGACUUUGAUCUUGCAGUUGAUAAUGAGGCUCUCGGAGAACCCCGAGAUUAUCCAACCGUGACAUCCUCCCUCAUAUGGCAGUGCAAAUUGGCCAAUAUCAGCAAUGAGGUUAAUGCCAGGUUAUUGGAAAGAAGAUUACCGCAGCGAACCGAGAUGUUAGCCCUGGACAAUCGAGUCCUUCAAUGGCAAGAAUCCCUACCGUCGUUCUUCAAACACUCGCCUGCCCCUGAUCACGCAUGGUUCGAUGUGCCACGCAUGAUUCUUCUCUGGCGUGCACAACACCUGCGAAUCGUUUUGACUCGGCCAUUUCUUCUCGAUGCUCUCCAGAGACGCCAACCCCUAAAUACAAACGACGCGAACGACGUUGUCGUACGCUGCAUUACAGCGGCCCAAGACUGUACGCAGUCUAUCAUUGGCUUUUCUCUUACUCAUUCUAGCUGUCCAGGGGCUUUGGCAUGGUACGCAACAUACUGGCUCGUUACAGCUGUCUUCGUUAGCGUAACAUGCCUGAUAUAUGAUCUCCAUCAUCCGUCUGCCGUAGUCUGGAGGGGACAAAUUGAGAAUUCACAGAAAACACUACAAACUAUGGCAGUUUUUGAGCCAAUCGCAGGCCGCGCAGCGCUAAUACUCUCGAGAAUUAUGGAUCUUGUUCCUUGCAGUCCAAAUUCUGUGGCUGACUUGGCUGCCAAUGAUGCCGUGAGGAUGGGUAUUGCCGAUAUAUGGAGUGAAUCUUGGCUGCAAGUGGACUACCAGGCCAUGAGUGAUCUGGUGCAGGCGGUCGAUAGCAACGACGUUGAAUUGUAA